AUGUUCAACGGCCUGACAGUAGCACCGCUGGUCAUAGAAGGGGUAGUGGAUUCGGAUGGUAUUAAGAAGACCUUCAACGGUACUAUCCAAGAAAUUGAUAUGCAAAUCCGCAAUAUCAAUCCCGACUUCUCGUGGGAACACUUCCAGCCCGUGACGCGACGUCAGGAUAAACCUUUAGAGUCUCAGCCUUUAAGGAGGCGGAGAACGGAGAAGGUUCUAUGCCAUGUGCAGAAUCUACCGCCCGCUUCGAAGGCUGCCAUAGAGAAAAAUCGCGACUGGUUAAACUCACUCGCUACAGAAUUAUCCGUUGACGCCCAGCGCUGCACCAAAUUCUCUUGUAUGGAGAAUGCAGCAGUCUGGUUCUGUAAUGAUAAUCUCUGGUGGAUCCAGCAAAACAGUAUUACACUUGCAGACCAUAUUGAUGAUAUCCUGGGCGAGCAGGCCUGCGCGAUUUCGGGGGACGAUAACUUGAUUCAAGGUCAAGCAUUUGAUGGAGACGAUUAUAAUAUCAUUGUGAAUGCCGACGACCAGUGUCCUUAG